AUGCUCGACCAGUACACUUACGUCUUUGUCAUCGGCACAUUUUUUGCCUUGCUUGACGCAUACAACAAUGGUGCAAACGAUGUUGCAAACGCCUGGGCUACCAGUGUCUCCUCGCGGUCGAUUUCGUACCGACAAGCCAUGAUCUUCGGUACAAUCUUCGAAAUGCUCGGUGCGAUCACUGUCGGUGCCCGUACUGCCGAUACUAUCAAGAACGGAAUCAUCCCCACUGCGGCUUUCCGUGGCGAUGCUGGUGUUCAGAUGCUGGCUUUCACUUGUGCUCUGGCUGCUGCUUCUUCUUGGGUCAUGUGGUGCACGCGACACUCUGCUCACGUAUCUUCAACAUACUCGCUCAUUUCUGCCGUUGCUGGUGUCGGUGUCGCGACCGUUGGAGCUAAACAGGUCCAAUGGGGCUGGUACGAUGGAAAGGGUCUCGGUGCUAUCUUCGCUGGUCUCGUCAUGGCUCCCGCCAUCUCUGCCAGUUUUGCUGCCGUCAUCUUCAUGCUCAUCAAGGUCACCGUCCAUAUGCGCAAGAACCCUGUGCCAUGGUCUGUUUGGGCUUCGCCAUUCUUCUUCCUCAUUGCCGGUACUAUUUGCACGCUGUCCAUUGUUUACAAGGGAUCUCCCAACCUCGGUUUGAACAAGAAGCCCGCGUGGUACGUCGUUGCCGUUACUCUCGGUGUAGGCGGUGGUCUGUUCGUGCUCUCCGCCAUCUUCUUCGUCCCUUACGUCUACGCCAAGGUCAUCACCAAAGACCACAGCGUUAAGUGGUGGAUGUUCAUCUACGGCCCUGCUCUCUUCAAGCGCCAAGCUGUCGAGGGUGCCGAGCAGGCCAAGGUCCCCAACUACGCUGUUGUCCAAGAGGACGAGGAGGAGCACAGCUCUGCUCGCUCUGAGAAGUCUUUGACCGACUCUGCCGAGGGCGUUGUCGAUGCCACACGUGCUCACGAGGACAGCGAGAAGAAGCUCGUUCGGUCUGAGGCUAAGCAACUCACCUACAAGGAGCUUUCUGAGGCUGGUGAGCGCCGCCUCAAGGCCAAGCUCAUGGAAAAGCGUGGUCCCAUGGGCUGGGCUCUGCGAACUCUCCGCGACAACCCGAUGGGCCCUGGCGAGAUUUACGAGUUCAAGAACAUGAAGAUUGCCUUGAAGCGCGUUCCUGCCAUGAUCGUCUGCGGUGCUCUAUAUGGUCUUCACUAUGAUAUCCACGCUGCCCAGUCUGGCGUCGAGGGAACUCCCGAGGGUGCUCGCAUGAAGAGGGUCUACGCUCACGCCGAGAAGUACCCCAACGAGGUUGAGCACUCUUUCUCUUUCAUCCAGGUCAUCACCGCCUGCACUGCUUCUUUCGCUCACGGUGCCAACGAUAUCGGUAACUCCGUCGGUCCUUGGGCUGUCAUCUACUCUGCCUGGUCAACUGGUGAUGCCGCUGCCGCCAAGGCCAACGUCCCUGUUUGGCAACUCGCUGUUCUUUCCGCCACUAUCUCGCUUGGUCUCAUCACUUACGGCUACAACAUCAUGAAGGUUAUGGGUAAUAAGAUUACUUACCACUCUCCUUCGCGUGGUUCGUCCAUGGAGAUGGGUGCCGCCAUCACCGUCCUGGUCUUCUCACAAUACUCGCUACCUGUCUCGACAUCGAUGUGCAUUACUGGUGCCACCGUUGGUGUCGGUCUCUGCAACGGUUCCAUCAAGGCUGUCAACUGGCAGCGUGUUGGUCUUUUGCUUCUGUCCUGGAUCAUGACCAUCCCCAUUGCUGGUACUAUUGGUGGUGUCCUCAUGGGUCUCUUCCUCAACGCCCCUCACUUUGCUUCUUGA